AUGGAAUUACAAAAAUUUGGAAGAAAUCGUACUCAAAGUGAUAAACAACACGCUGAUGAGCUUCUAUCAAAAAUGUUUUAUCGACAAGAAUGUAUCAAUCCAUUAACAAAAGUAUUGUUCCAAGAAGUAGAAGUGUCACAAGUCAUUGAACCACUCAUUGGUUUACUACGAGAUCCUUUAACAAUAUGUAAUCGUAUUAAUUCAUUACCUGCUUCUGAUUAUGAAGGAGCAGAACUUCAGUCAAAACGAUUUUUCUUAUUAUCAGUAGCAGCUCCAUUUUAUAUUCAUUCUUCAUCACAAAAUCAUAAGGACAUUUUACAAAAUAAUAUUCAGUCGAAUAAACACAAUACAGAUUUACUUCCUUGGAUGUAUCAAAGAUCGAAGUUAAAUUUGUUAGACAUGAAAUCAGAUAUAGACACGAGAAAUGGACAGAAUAUUUUGAUUGAUUUAGGAAGUUCUUAUUUUGGACAUUGGGGUGGUGAUGCUAGUGCUGCUGCAGGACGGUGGUUUUAUGAACAUUACAAGCGUUUUGGUGUUAAAUUUGAUCGUAUUAUUGCUUAUGAGCAAUCUCCAUUAGAUCCCAAAACUGCUUGGGAUCAGUUACCUGAUGAUGUAUUCCCUGUUUAUACUCUAAUUAAUGUUGGUUGUACAACAAGUGGAAAGUUUAAUCCAUGGGUAAUGUUGAAAACACUAGCUAAACCUCAUGACCAUGUUGUUAUCAAGCUAGAUAUUGAUACUCCAGCAAUUGAGGUUCCUCUAAUGAAUCAACUUCUAAGUGAUUCAUCCAUUAAUUCUUUAGUAGAUGAAGUAUUCUUUGAGCAUCAUAUUACUGUGAACGAAAUGCUACGAUAUUGGGGAGGUCCACCAGGACGAUUAAAAGACUCAUACAUUUUGUUUACGAAAUUGCGACAACUUGGAAUACGCAUGCAUUCAUGGCCAUGA